GGGCUCUCCACCGGGCCCGCCGCCGCCUCCUCCGCCGCCGCCCCCUCGCCGGGCCGCAGCCUGGAGAAGACGCUGGAGGAGGCGGGCAGCUCCGGCCUGCUCUGCCUCAGCGGGAGGAAGCUGCGCGAGUUCUCGGCCGCCGCCGCCUACGACCUCAGCGACACCACGCAGGCCGAUCUUUCCAGGAACAGAUUUACUGAAAUCCCUCCAGAUGUGUGGCAGUUUGCACCGCUGGAGACAUUGAACUUGUAUCACAAUUGCAUCAAAUCUAUCCCGGAAGCCAUUAAAAACCUACAGAUGUUAACAUAUCUCAAUAUCAGCCGAAAUCUCCUAUCUACGUUGCCAAAAUACCUAUUUGAUCUGCCACUGAAAGUUUUGGUUGUCAGCAAUAAUAAGCUUGUGUCCGUUCCUGAAGAAAUUGGAAAGUUGAAAGACUUAAUGGAAUUGGAUAUUAGCUGCAAUGAGAUCCAGGUCCUUCCCCAACAGAUAGGAAAACUGCACUCCUUAAAAGAACUAAACUUAAGAAGAAAUAAUCUCCAUAUGUUACCCGAUGAAUUAGGAGACCUUCCGUUGGUCAAGCUGGACUUCUCUUGUAAUAAAAUCAUAGAGAUUCCCAUCUGCUUCCGGAAAUUGCGACACUUGCAAGUCAUCGUUCUGGAUAAUAAUCCAAUGCAGAUCCCGCCGGCCCAGAUCUGCUUAAAGGGCAAAGUGCACAUUUUUAAGUUUCUCAGUGUUCAAGCAUGCCUGAGAAUGGAUAAGAAGCCAGAUUCCCUGGAUCUCCCUUCCCUGGGAAGAAGGAUCCCUUCUCAGCCACUCACCGACAGUAUAGAAGACUUUUACCCCAAUAAAAACCACGGCCCAGACUCUGGAAUUGGUAGCGAUAAUGGGGAUAAAAGAUUAUCCACGACAGAACCAUCCGAUGAUGACACAGUCAGCCUCCACUCUCAGGUGUCGGAAUCGACAAGGGAACAGACAUUCCGAAAUGACAAUCAGUUGCUGGGGAACAAACCUGAGUUGCAUAAAGACCCCGAUGUGUGUGAUUACCUCGAUCCCAGCUCAGAGGAUGUGGCUGCAUGUGAUCAAGGAGAUCCUCAGACUGGGUCGUCCAUCUCUUACGUUAAGGAGCGAGGAAAGUCAGCUGAGAAGCCACAGAAGAGUGAGCCGCGUGAAGAUUGGCGAGAGGAGAAGAGCAUUCAGAAAGAAAAGGCGUUGGCCGAAGAAGAUGAUGACCUGAAGGAGGUGACCGACUUGCGAAAAAUUGCAGCUCAGCUUUUGCAGCAGGAGCAGAAGAACCGACGGAGGCCCUUAAGCUAUAGAGCUUCCUUCAGUGAAAAGCUUUUCCAGAGGACCAGGGUGGCAGGACGCGCGUCAAGACUCCUGAAUCACUCCACCCCGACAAGCACAAGAAACCGACCGAAACAGACGGUGGACACAGAAAAAAGCCUUUCCGCAGACGAAGCAAAUUCUCCGUCCUCCCCCUGCAGCUGGCAGCCUCUGGAGAAUCAGAGAGGCCACAACCCGGACGGUCCACGUUGGCCGGAUGCGCAGGCGAUAAUCUGGCCGAAUGAAGAGAGGCAUCGAAGCAAGCAGAUCAGGAGGGAGUAUUUCAAGUACAAGUCUUCCCGGAAGAGUUCCAGUGGAAAUGAAAAUGAUGAGCAAGACAGUGAUCAUGCUAAUGUGUCUCCACAGUCGCCUGUGUCAUCCGAGGAUUAUGAACGGACAGAUGGGAAUUCUCACGGCCCUUUUGGACUGAAGCCCCGAUCAGCGUUUGGGCGUUCUCGUCAAGACUACAGCACGUCGGACCCCGGAUUCACCAUGAGAAGGAAAAUGGAGCAUCUGCGGGAAGAAAGGGAACAGAUUAAGCAACUGCGCAAUAAUCUGGAGUUGCGGUUGAAGGUCAGCCUGCCCGAGGACAUCGGAGCCGCCCUCAUGGACGGGGUGGUCCUCUGCCACCUGGCCAACCACAUUAGACCACGCUCUGUGGCCAGCAUUCACGUCCCGUCACCAGCCGUGCCUAAGCUCAGUAUGGCAAAAUGCCGAAGAAAUGUUGAAAAUUUCCUGGAUGCUUGUAAAAAACUGGGUGUGCCGCAGGAAAGACUUUGCUUGCCCCAUCACAUUUUGGAAGAGAGAGGACUGGUCAAGGUUGGACUGACGGUUCAGGCUCUCCUUGAGAUCCCUUCCUCCAAAGCUUCGCAGCUCUCCUGCCUGUGA